AUGCUUCGUAGACACACUCGGCGACUUAUGAGUUAUCCGUUACAAGGUCUUCAGGAUCAGUCUCUACUCAACGAUCAGAAGUUGUCAGAACCGAAAAAAUCGGCCGACUCCGGAAUUUUGGAAAACACAAUCGGACAGCUAACUAGUCGACGUCCAUCUGCAGUAUCCGGCGGGUAA